CUCUCAGUCGGCCGCUGAACCCGCGCGCUGUACGGUUGGUAUGUGUGUAUACACCGCGCUCGAUCGCCAUCCGUCCGUUCGUCUAUCCGUUCGUUAGUUGUUUUUCGCGUACCGUUUUGUCAUCGUCGCGCCGGAUCGUCCGCGCUGUCUCACUGCCGCGAGUCUCGCUCACCCUGCAAUUUUUAUCCCUCCCCCCCCUCUCUCCGCGUCCUUUCGUGUUAUCUGCGGCCGGGCCGACGCGACAAGUGAGAUUCCGCACGUUUUCUUCCCGACAACCGACCAAACCGUUCGUUCGUCCUUCGUCUCCGAGGGAGGUGUUCCAUCCGAGGGACAGACACAAGCGUGGAGACUACCGCUGCAGCGAGACUCCGCGAGGGAUAUCAUCCUCUGGAUUUUCGCCGGUUUCUCUUCCGCCGCAGUUCUUCGUCCUCGCACGCAGGCAGCAACGCCGACGCGAAUCUCUUCUGCAUGAUAACGUACGACGUGUAAGUAACGAGAAAGAGAAAAAGAAAGAGAGAGAAAGAGAAAGAGAGAAAGAGAGAAAGGGAAAGAGAAAGAGAGAAAGAGAGAGAAAGGAAAAGACGUCCGAGAUAGCGACGGGGGAUGUAGCCGAUGGCUUUUCGACAAACAGAGAGUGAACCGAACGAGUCUCAAAUCAAGACAAGAUGAUGAUGCGCGCGAUACACGGAAGAGGAAUCGACCGAGGGAGAAGCAGGUCUUAGGAGCAGAAGAAGUACAGGGAGAUAAUCCUCUUCGCUUCCUCGCGCGCCGGAUGUUAUCGCAGGACGUCGGAGACUGAUAAAAACACUGCCAGAAGUAAUGACGAGCUAGAUCGCUCCGCUCUCCGUCCGCUGAACCGUUCCUUCGUCGAUCUUAGCUUUCGCUCUCCUCGCUAACUGCCUUUUACCUGCCCCCUCGUGUCAGCCCUGCCUUCGUCAUACAUUUAACAUACGUUACACACAAACGCACACGAACGCACAAACACACAUUUGUUCUCGCUCGAGAUCAAAGACUGAAAAUAAAAGGUGGCGACAUGUUGGGCGUGAGUCAGCCGGGCAACACGCCCUCGAGCUUGCGGCACUCGGCGAGCUUCUCGUGCUUGCAACGCGGCACCGCCGGCGAGGGUCAUCGCGCGAGGACCUCGACACUGCUGCAACAACCGAGUUUGCAGCUGAGCAACGGUCACUAUCAGUAUACGUCCAGCAGCCAGGCGGCGGCGGCGGCGGCGGCAGCGGCGACGGCCAAGCAUAGCGCCCUGUUGCAGCAUCAUCAGCAGCACUCCCGCGAGCCGCUUGAUCCUAUAGUACAGGACGGCAACGAUUAUGGCUUCGUGAGGAUCCGGCCGCGAUUGCGCAGCACGAACGCGACCUUGUACCAUGAAGAGGAGGUGGCGGCCGCGAAGAGCGCCCUGAGGGAGCAGCGCGAUGCCGCCGCGUUCAGCGACCGCGAAUGCGACUCCAACUAUAGAGACUGCUCGUUGAAGGUCAAAGAUCGCGACCUCUCGCCGAAAGGUACGAGCAAGAAUCAGAAUCCUUUACGAGGGGCGUUGGUACUCUUUACCUCAACGUCGUCCUGGUGGAAGACGACCCGACAUCGAGAAGACCAGCUAAACGCUACCAGCAAUGCCAGCGCCUCCAUCAGCGCUCCGUCCUCGGAACGGAAAUGGUCCAGUACGUCGAUGGCGUCGCCAUCGAACGAGAGAAAGUGGCCGUCCUCGAUGACGUCGCCCACGAACGAGCGGAAGUGGUCUGUAGGCAACAGCUUGCUUACGUCACCGUCGAACGAGAGGAAGUGGAACAGAACCUCGGUCUCGUCCACGUCGACGAGCCAACAGGAUCGGAAGUGGCGGUCUCUCGGUGCACUUUUAAGGGCUCCUACUGGAAGCAACGGCGCGAGCAGCUCCCACACCAGCCAGAAUUCUCUCUCGCACAACAUGAGCGUGUCCAUGAUCGAGGGCGAUCACUUCCGCGAGGAAUCGCGCGGCUCGAGUUGUAAGACGCGCUAUCAGCAACCGACAUCCUACUCGGCGCGAGUCUCCCGAGUCAGCAGAGAUGUUUAUCGAGAGAACGGCGAGUUCGGCCAGGCUAUCGGCAGGUCGAAGGUCAGUCGUCGAUUGUACCAGGACACCGAGUCGACAAUUGACCGGGAACUCGACGAUCAGAGACAUAUUGCGCAACGUACUCGACAUCAUCUGGACGACUCCGAUCAGUGCAGAAGCAAUCGGGAGUUUUGCAGAGCCACGGAACACAGCACCGUGGAGACUCGCGGCACGACUUCCUCCACCACCCGAUCGAGCCGCGCGCAGAGCUUUUAUUUGCUGGACGAUUUCCUGCGACCGCAGCCGCAGCAGCCGAGUAGCAGCAACAAGUGCAUGCUGAACCUGUACAUGUCCCCGUCGCACGCUGUCAAGUGCGCCAACGAGCACGGCAGGUCGUGCGAGGUCAGGCAGGCGAUCUGCCAGCAGCAGACGAACGUCGGCAGCAACAUCACGCCGCCGCGACGCCACAACUCGAGCUCGGACAGCCUCGAAGUCGCCACGAGUCCGCUGCCGCCGCCUGUGCCGCCGCCACCGCCGCAGGCCGCGAGUAACGCACGCGGGGACCGCGAACGGAAUGAGAACCCGAAGGAGACGAGUAAGGACGUGUGUCCGUGCAAACUGUGCUGGACCAAUAUGCAGAGAUCUCUCGUGGAAGAGGUGAGUAGGCGAUCCAAAGAGCGUGUGACACAAGAGAAGGGAAGGAGUCCUGGAACGUUGCACAAAGAUGUCGGCGGUGCUGGUACGAAGGUCAGCGAGAAAACGGUCGGUGGCGUCGGCACGGCGACCCUCACCACGCUCUCCUCCAUUAAUAACGCGUCCAACACCGGCCGUAACAAAAACAACCCCGUAUCUCACGAGAAGUUGCCGUCUUUCUACAAUGCCAAACCGACGCGAGUGGAUAAAUCCGAUAAUAACAAUGGCAACAACUCCAAUAACACGAGCAACAACAUCCACAAUAUGCCUCUGCACGAAGCCAUCAGCUCUCCCGAGGUGUACGCCGGGAGAUUGCCAAUGUCGCCUCAGGAAGCGAUAAAGUAUUACGGAUCCAGACUGACGGAAUUCGAGCGCGCCGAAAUCGAGAAGUACUCGGAGAUCUGGUAUCUGGGCCUGUCGGCACACAAAAUUCACGGCGAGGAGGUCAGUUCGCAGAACGGCGGCUACGACGACGAGAACGGCAGUUACAACAAGGUCCUGCACGAUCAUAUCUCCUACAGAUACGAGAUACUGGAGGUGAUCGGCAAGGGUAGUUUCGGUCAGGUAAUUCGAGCGUUGGAUCACAAGACGGGACAACACAUCGCUAUCAAGAUCGUCAGGAACAAAAAGAGAUUCCAUCAUCAGGCUCUCAUCGAGGUGAGAAUCUUGGAACAGCUCAGGAAGAAGGAUCUGGAAGUGAGCUCGCAGCACAAUGUGAUACACAUGCUAGAAUAUUUUUACUUCAGGAAUCACCUGUGCAUUAGCUUCGAAUUAAUGAGUUUGAACCUGUACGAGCUAAUCAAAAAGAACAAUUAUCAAGGAUUCAGUUUGAGCCUGAUACGUCGCUUCGCCAACUCGCUAGUAAGUUGCCUGCGACUGCUCUACCGGGAGAACAUCAUUCACUGCGACUUGAAACCGGAAAACGUGCUGCUGAAACAACGGGGCAGCAGCUCGAUCAAAGUCAUCGAUUUCGGCUCGUCGUGUUACAGCCACCAGCGCGUGUACACAUACAUACAGUCAAGGUUUUACAGGAGUCCGGAAGUAAUUCUCGGUCUGCCGUACGGCACGCCGAUCGAUAUGUGGAGUCUGGGCUGCAUCUUGGCCGAGCUCUACACCGGAUACCCGCUGUUUCCGGGCGAGGACGAGAUAGAACAGCUUGCCUGCAUCAUGGAAGUCCUGGGUCUGCCGCCCGAGCACAUUAUCAAUCAUGCGUCUCGUCGCAGGCUCUUCUUCGAUCAGAAAGGAAGUCCGCGAUGCGUGACAAAUAGCAAGGGUAAGAAGAGGUGGGCAGGUAGCAAGAACCUUUCAAUGGCUCUUCGGUGCAACGACGGGCUUUUCGUCGACUUCGUUAGCAGAUGCCUCGAGUGGGAUCCAAAGAAGCGUAUGACCCCCGACGAGGCAGUGCGUCACGAGUGGCUGUGUACGUCGUCCUCCUCGCACGCAAGCUCUUCCUCGUCAGCGAUAGCCUCGUCGUCGACGGUGAAUGCGAGCGCGAGCACAACGACGACAAGCGUCGAGACGUCGCGGGAAUCCGCGCACGCUCCGCAAACAGUGAGCGUGACUGUGAGCAACGGACCGCGGCAACGCGCGACAACUAUGGAAGAACCGCCGUACACGAUGUAUCGGAUGUUCAAGGGCAACCGCAGGGUCGUGCAAAAGGUCUCAACGGGCGCCGACAGUACGGACAACGGCGGCGGCGGUUUGAUGGUGAAGAGCAAACUGAACGGUAGUGCGAGCAGCCACGCCUUGGCGAGCAGCACACAAACGACGUCGGCGGCGACGUCGAGACACGCGUCAACCGGCGACAUUGUCGCGAGCCUGGAUCCGAAUCUCGACGACUCGGGCACUUUCUUACCGCCGAUAUUGUGAAGUCGGGUUUGCGCCAGCCACUUCUAAACGCACUUGCUCCUCGCGCGCCGUCACCAUCCGAUCCGUUCUCACGUCGCUGCUAGAUGCGGUUACGAACACGGUAUCGUUUGGACGCGCAUCAAGAAGCGGGGGGUGCAGCGAAUAAGAUAACGCGUAUAGAACUGACUGGCCGGUCCGAUAUUUAUACCGUAUGCCCCGAUGCCAAACGGCUAUAGACACAAUAGAGUCGCUAGUCUCAGCAUGCAUCGAGCUAUGAGGCCAAACUGACGAUCUGACGACGGGAGAGAACAGCGCGCGGAGAACGUAUGCCAAAAUCACGUGCAAUGUAAUCAUUCGCGCACGCUCUCGAGAAUUCUGGCGAUCCGAUGUCACUCAGGUAAUCGUAAUGAAGCCCACGCGUACGCGCAUCGUAAGUUGAACUCGUGAAUAAUGUAAACUUGCCGCCCACACAAGAAUCAAGAGUGUGCGUGUUACAUUAUUCACGUGUCGUCGUAUCUAUAUCUGAUUCUGAUGUUUAUUUCGCGCAUAUAUUUCAAAAUGCACGAAACCAAUGAUUGAUAAAUCCUCGAUCGUGGAUGAAAAAUUUUUUAAUUAAAUAUUUUUUUUUUUUUUUUUUGUAACGACGUAUAAAGCUGUAUAUUACUGUUGACGACUACGUCAACAGUGUUACAUAUACUGUUAAGUACCGUCAGCGAUAAUAAUAAAAAAAAGAAGAAUCUUAUUCAAAUGAACGUAAUCGGAAAGUAUAUUGUUAGAAUUGCAUAAUAGUGUAUUUAGAUCUUAGACGACUACGCAUGCGUGUAAGCGAGUAGGUACGAUGCAAUAUACGUGUCGUCGCAAACAAUGAAACAAGACGAAAGUCGAUACAUUACGAUUAAAGCAACCGAGUUUACCCGACAUUGGAAUUACCAUCGAAUUACGGUUUCUCGCGCCGAGAAGACCUGAGUUGUUCGAGGCCCGUGUCGCCAACACGGGGUCGCGAUUAAUAACGAAGCGUCAAGGCGAGAGAAGUAAAUUAAAACACGUGAAGCGUGCCCCAGUUUAACGAGGCCUGAGUAGUCUUAUUGUGAUAUUAAACUACCACUGUCUUAUACUUAGAUCUCUCUGAUAUUAAGAAGUAACGAUCGCUAAUAAUAAUUUCAAUUUACUAUUAAUCAUUAUUUUCUUAUUAUCUCUGUAAUAAUCGCUAUAUAUUCGCCUCCACUACCGCGAGAAUAUAGCGGGAAUACGAGUAACGAGGAUAUCACCGAUAACGACAGAAUUAAUAUUACUUGGUAUACGUAGGCAUGUGUGUGUACAAGGUUUUUUUUNUUUUUUUUUUUUUUUUUUUUGUUUGACUACACAUCUUCGAAAAUCCGAGAGCAGCGUGCUAGUUUCCCCCUUUUGUUAUAUUGUUAAAAAACGCGAAAAACAAGAAGCCCGAUGAUGUGUAAAUUUUGUUGAUGGAUAAUUUUUUCUUGUAUACCGAUUCAUUGCUCGUCUGAUUAAUCGUCUGUCUGCGUUGUGAUUAAUCGCCUGUGCGACGGUAACAUCUAACUUUUACAUUAAUUGUUGAUUAAACUUCCCUCUUCCCCCCCCCACCCCGCGAGAAAUUUGUGCCGUUGGUUUGCUUUCGCUGUAAAUUAUUAUUAUUAUUAUUAUUAUUAUUAUUAUUAUUAUUAUUAAUUAUUAUUUACCGUAAAUAGUGUACUCCUGAUAGUACUCCCUUAGCUGUUAAUGAUUUGUGAUUGACGCGCUCUUUCGGAAAUAUCACGAGCAUUUCGCGAUAUGCAGAGGAUUUGACGAGAAAUUAUUGUAUAGUAUUAUAUAUACAUAUAUAUAUAUAUAUAUAUAUAUGUAUAUAUAUAUAUAUAAAUGUAACAUUAGGCUACUUUUUAGACAUGGUAAUUGUUCGAUGUGCCCGUACCCAUUCUAAAGUAACGCGAAAUGAACGCAAGACACUCGAGUUUGUAAUAAUUUAUAUCAUUACGGCGUUUAGAAAAAAAAACGUGAGAUGCGUCACUCCAUCGUUUGUUGCUCUUCCAUCUCAUAAACCUCCCCCCCCUCCAUAUCUUCCGUUUUUUCACGCGCUUCUCGACUAAUUCUUAGGAAUUUUUUGUCACACGCGUUAUACGAUGACAUUGAAUGUCCUAUUUAAAUUUUUUGUCGACAUUUUUAUUGCCACACACGGCCGAAAAACGAUUGGAGCAGAGAUACACGAAUAUCGCGAUUUUACUAUCGCAAAUUCUACGAUAGAUCGCGUAUAAAGAAAGAGACUGAAAUAAGUAAAGCGAAAUUGUUCCUAAUAUAGUUGAUUUUGCAAAUCCGCGUCUCGCUUUGUCUUUUAUUUCACUUUUUUUUAUGUUUUUAGCGAACUCGUUCAGUUCCUUUGAAAGCGAUAUUGUUCGAUUCGCUGUUAUCGAACAUCUCACGAUAAUAAUCGAAACGAAUAAUAAUAAAACUGGACUUGCUCCCGAAAAGUCCGUUCAGCCCCAAAAGUUUUAGGACAAUUAAAAUAUGAUAUCGUACCGAUAUUUGUAUUGCGUGCGACGUCAUCGGUGAAUGGCCAAUAAAAAACAAAAAAAAAAAAAAAACGACGAGAGAGAACGGAGAGAUAUAUCGUACUAAAGAAAAAUUUAAAAAUUUAUAUAUAUAAAAUCUCUUAAGAAUUAUGUAAACAACCAACAAUUCGUAUGGCAAAUGUGCCCGAACGAACGACUGACGAAGUAGCGCGUAUUAUAUACAUAUUAUUACACGAUUCUCGCGAGACUUGUGCAAGUUUUUCGUAGUAGUCGCUCUCGCGCGCGCGCGAGUAAUCGCGUCGACUUAGCGACGAUCAUCUCAAAAUUCUGGGUAAGCACUUCGUUCGAUUACUCCAGGCAAAAAAAAAAAAAAACAACAAAAACAAAAAAAAUAUUUGACGAGCGUAGUGUCUACGAGGCGACAAUUUCUAGGAAACGAGAUAUAUCAAAUUGUGUAUAAAGUAUAAAAGACGUGCAUGUGUGUGAGAGAGAUGAUGUGUGUGAGAUUGCGUGCGUUGCUUGUUGCUAUGUCUGCCUGUGAUGAGGGACUUGUGUCUCUCGAGGAAAUAACAGAGAAGCGAAUGUUUACGAGAGUGUGAUAAUAUAAUAUUACUUUAUGCAUAUAUCUUAUAUAUAUAUAUAUAUAAAAUAUACCAUUAUUAAAUAUAUAUACGUGAAAUAAAAUCACGCAAGAAAGCAAAACGAGUUGAGUCUAGAAUAUAACGUAGGAUACAAAUUUAGACGAAAAAGGAAAGAGUUUCGAGGAACACGCGCGAAACUCCGCGCAAAGUCUUCAGAAAAAUGCCGUUCGAUUGUGUACAGUCUUAAAAAAAAAACAAAAAAAAAAAAAAACAAAAAAAAAACAGUUUUAGUUGUGUUCACUAUUAUAUAUAUACAGCGGGAUCAAAUUGUAGUAUGUGUAUAGAUAAGGUGUUGUGUAUAAUCUGCGUAUAAUGUGCAUCACCACAGACACAUACAUACAAAACCCAUACGUACAUUUGGCGCGCGCAUGUGUCGCGCGCGCGUAUAUGCCUAAAAAGAAACAUAGGAAGAGAGAAGCAUGUUCGUGUAACACAAAAAAAAAAACAAAGAAAAAAACAACCAUCCUAAUGACCGGUUUUGCCAGUUGGUUAACCUUGCUGGUGGGGAUCUCCAGUCUUUUGGAAGAGACCGGAGUUAUUCAAGCUGCAGUUAAUCGAUGACGAACAAAAACCGGUGAAAGGAAUAGUAAAAGGAAUAGUAAAAAAAAAAAAAAA